AUGUCCCUUCCCAAUCCACCUGCUUGGAAGUUUAAAUGCAGAUAUGUGAGAGAUGCGGAAAAUAUAUUUGGUGUGGAUGGUGAAAAUGUUAAAAGUUCUGAUCUUAAAUUUGUCGAAAAUGAUUUUAAAAAAGGAAUAUACGACGAAAAUUUGCAUGUGUUUAUAAAAACCACGAACAUUCAUGUGGAUAAUAAGUACACUAUUAAAGUAGAAUUUUUAAACCCAGGAUGGAACUUGAGACCAAAUAAAAACUAUAUUGACGGUGCUAUACUAGUUUACGAUGUUUCUCAAACCGAUGGAUUAGAGAAAAUAAUUGAUAUUUCACAUGAAUAUGUACACAACGAUAGCUAUUAUGUAGCUAAUGAAAUUCCUAUUAUGAUUGUUGCAAACAAUUGGGACAAAAAUAAGAAAAGUAGAGACGAUCUUUUAAAAGAAGUCAAAAAUUUUGUUGGAGAGGAGUUUUUAUGUACCAUAACAUCAAAAGAAGAAAAAAUUAGUCCUGGUCUCGAAGAAAUCCUAAAAA